UGGCGAACAGCUGCCUGGCUCCUUGUCGUCGCUCCAGGAGCCUUUGGCUGCUAAUUAUCUCCCUUAUCCAACUUCUGUACCGCCUACCUACGAGGCCUUCAACCUUUGAGACAAGGCCCGAUCGCAGUUUGAACACUGCCCUUCGCACCCUCUGCUAGUGUAUUUACUGCUUUCUUUAUAUUUUUCCUGCCUGUACAGGCGGCUAUGCGAGCCCCAUCACUCUCCACGAUCAGCACUUCAUUUGGUCGAUUGGUAGAACACUACGCCGCCAGCAUACCAUGGAUGCACAUUCACAAGCUCCGCCUCAAGCGGGCGACGGUGAUGCUCCAAAUCAAUCACUGCGGGUGAAAAUCAAUCAAAUGACCGAGGGGCCUGUUAGCCUAGAUCCUAAGAGCGCUUUCGUCAACGACAUCUGGCCUAAAUUGCUAAAUGAGUACGACGCUAUGAGGGAGAGACUGGAGGAAUUUUGCAAAAGUGCUCUCGAGCGCAGAGCUAUUGACUGCCAAGUCAAAAGCAGAACUAAGCAGGUCGAUUCAAUCAGAAAGUCACUCGAUCGGCGCGAGAAAGCGCUUUUAGAUCGCAGCCAAAAGCAAUUCGAGAGCUUCUCUGACAUAUUCAGUAACAUUCAUGAUCUUGUCGGACUCAGGAUUAUCCUUGAAUUUGCUGACGAUAUGGAGAGAGCCGUUUGCUUUAUUAAAGAAAGUUUUCGGAAGGAAGAGGAGCCAGUUAUUUUCGUCCGUGACCGUGAGAUUGGUCGGUCCUGGAAAACACGGUUCGGUGCCUACGAGACUCGCAACUAUCGUGUCAGCUUAGAAAAAGGGAAAUACAGAGCCCUUUCUCAGUUCUGCGACGUGAUAUUCGAAAUACAAGUCACGACUAUCGCGGAAGAUCUUUACAACAAGCUUGCACACCCGCUCUUGUACAAGGGUUCAUCUCUUACUCGCCAGGAUGAGAUCGUGAUAGAUAUGGCGCAUGGCAACGCUCUUUGUUAUGCGCUCUGCUUGGCUUACAUGGAGGAUAAACUUAAGAAGCGCGCAAACAAGAUUGGGGGUAGAACUGAGUUGGCAACGGCAACCGAAGAAAUUGCAAGAGAUGGCACUAGGUUCAGGGAGAGUUUGACGAAAGGGGCGUCUUUUGACACCCCCGUCUCCCCACCCGGUCUUCUGGAAGCGCUUGAGAUUCCACCGGAGGGAUAUAACUCCGUUGACGAUCUUAAACAGUGGAUUAACGGGAAGAUGACGUAUGUUCUACUCCCCAAUUCCGAGUUCUAAGGUUUCUAACUAUCAGUAGUGGUGUGCUUGACGAGAUACGCUCGAAUUCACAGACGAUCCGCGAUGCCAUCCUUUCCAAGCUCCCCAUUGCGAACGGUGCCGCCUUUGACUCCCACACGGACGAGCACGACGCGCGAUGUCACCCUGAUACCCGAGUUGGCCUCCAGCGGGACAUAAUGGCAUGGGCGGACGAUCCGCACGGCGAAUGCAUCUUCUGGCUAAACGGCAUGGCAGGAACUGGGAAGUCCACCAUAUCACGUACAGUCGCGCAAUCGUUUGCGGACCAAAAUUUUCUCGGUGCCAGCUUCUUCUUUAAGAGAGGCGAGAAAGACCGGAGCAAGGCCGCCCUGCUGUUUACAACCAUUGCGACUCAGCUUGUUGUCAAAGAGCCUAGUUUGGCAUCGUAUAUCAAGGAUGCUAUUGAGGCUGACCCUUACGUCACGAGCAAAAGGUUGGAGGAGCAGUUUAAGAAGCUGAUCCUAAAGCCGUUGGAAAACCUAAGGGGCAGUUUGGACGACAUUAAGACAAUUGUCCUGGUGAUUGAUGCCCUUGAUGAGUGCGAACGGGACGAUGAUAUCAGGGUUAUUAUUUCCCUGUUGUCACAAGCAAAGAGUCUGAUUUCCGUACGGCUAAGAGCUUUCCUUACAAGCCGGCCUGAGUUGCCAAUCCGACUUGGCUUCAAUAAGAUCAAGGGAAAAUACCAGGAUCUAGUCUUGCAUGAAAUCCCAAAGCCAAUUAUCGAGCACGAUAUCGCUGUAUAUCUGGACUCUGAGCUUACAAAAAUCCGAAACGACUACAAUGAUCUGUCUCCUGGUGGGCAGCAGCUUCCGCACGAUUGGCCUGGUCCCCAGAUUGUCCAAGACUUGGUCAAGAUGGCCGUUCCCCUCUUUAUCUUUGCAGCUACUGUUUGCCGUUUUAUCCGGGACCCAGCAUGGUGUGAUCCCGGUGAUCAAUUAGCAAAGAUCCUGGAAUAUCAGUCAGGAACACAGCAAUCCGAGAUCGACAAGCUAGACGCAACAUAUCGCCCAGUCCUUGAUCGGUUGCUUGUCGGUUCCGAGGUAUCUAAGAGAUCCCUUCUUGAUGAAUUCCGGAUGGUCGUGGGCCCGAUUGUGCUCUUAGCCGAACCACUCUCGAUAUGCUCUUUAGCCCGACUUCUUGGUAUACAAGAGAAGGUUGUUAUUCGCAGACUUGAACCACUUCACUCCGUCCUUAGCGUACCGGUCUCUCCUACAUCCCCGGUUAGGAUGUUUCAUUUGUCAUUCCAUGACUUUCUCGUUGAUCCCAACAAAAAGGACACCAACUCGUUCUGGAUAGACAGGGGUGCCACCCACGAAAUAAUUGCGAGUAGAUGCUUGGAGCUUCUUUCUGAUAACUUGAAGAAGGACAUCUGCGAUCUGAGAAUGCCUGGAACAGCUCGUGCCGACAUUGAGUCGUCAGUCAUCGACUUACAUUUGCCAUCAGAUGUCCGGUAUGCGUGCCUAUAUUGGGUCUAUCACUUUCAGCAAAGCAGUUCUCGUAUAAGCGAUAACCAUCAAGUAUAUACCUUCCUCGAAGGUCAUUUCCUCCACUGGCUGGAAGCGCUAAGUCUCCUUGGGAAACUAUCUACAAGUGUUGGAAUGAUUAGGGAUUUACAGGGUCUCCUUAGUCCCGGUAUUAGUUCCACGAUCUCCGCGUUUUUACACGAUGCAAUACGAUUUAUUCUUAGCUUCCGCCAGAUUAUCGACAUUUACCCCCUUCAGACUUAUACUUCCACACUUAUUUUUGCGCCAAAGAAAAGCAUAAUCAGGGGAAUAUUCUGUGGCUAUAUUCCUGAAUGGAUCCCAGUAUUGCCAAUGGUUGACUUGGAGUGGGACGCGUGUCUGCAGACCUUUGAAGGACAUAACGGUUGGGUUACAGCGGUAGCGUUCUCGCCGGAUGGUACCACACUGGCGUCAACUUCAUACGAUAACACGGUACGGCUCUGGGAUGUGGCUACCGGCGAGCACCGGCGGACCCUUGAGGGACAUAACCGUGGUGUUACAGCGGUAGCGUUCUCGCCGGAUGGUGCUACACUGGCGUCAGGUUCAGAGGAUAACACAGUACGGCUCUGGGAUGUGGCUACCGGCGAGCACCGGCGGACCUUCAAGGGACAUAACGGUUAUGUUACAGCGGUAGCGUUCUCGCCGGACGGUACCACACUAGCGUCAGCUUCAUACGAUAAAACGGUACGGCUCUGGGAUGUGGCUACCGGCGAGCACCAGCGGACCUUCGAGGGACAUAACAGUUAUGCUACAGCGGUAGCAUUCUCGCCGGACGGUACCACACUAGCGUCAGGUUCAGAGGAUAACACGUUAGGGCUUUGGGAUGUGGCUACCGGCGAGUACCGGCGGACCCUUGAGGGACAUAACCUUUCUAUUACGGCGGUAGCGUUCUCGCCGGAUGGUGCCACACUGGCGUCAGCUUCAUACGAUAACACGGUACGGCUCUGGGAUGUGGCGACCGGCGAGUACCGGCGGACCCUUGAGGGACAUAACGACACUGUUAUAGCGGUAGCGUUCCCGCCAGAUGGUGCCACACUGGCGUCAGCUUCAUGCGAUAACAUGGUACGGCUCUGGGAUGUGGCUACCGGCGAGCACCGGCGGACCCUUGAGGGACAUAACAGUUAUGCUACGGCGGUAGCGUUCUCGCCGGAUGGUGCCACACUGGCGUCAGCUUCAUACGAUAACACGGUACGGCUCUGGGAUGUGGCGACCGGCGAGUGCCGGCGGACCUUCGAGGGGCAUAGCGAUUGUGUUACAGCGGUAGCGUUCUCGCCGGACGGUACUACACUAGCGUCAGCUUCAGAGGAUAACACGGUAGGGCUUUGGGAUGUGGCUACCGGCGAGCACCGGCGGACCCUUGAGGGACAUAAAGGUUAUGUUAGAGCGGUAGCGUUCUCGCCGGAUGGUGCUACACUGGCGUCAGCUUCAUACGAUAACACGCUACGGCUCUGGGAUGUGGCUACCGGCGAGCACCGGCGGACCCUUGAGGGACAUAACCGUGCUGUUACAGCGGUAGCGUUCUCGCCGGAUGGUGCUACACUGGCGUCAGCUUCAUACGAUAACACGGUACGGCUCUGGGAUGUGGCUACCGGCGAGCACCGGCGGACCCUUGAGGGACAUAACCGUGGUGUUACAGCGGUAGCGUUCUCACCGGAUGGUGCUACACUGGCGUCAGCUUCAUACGAUAACACGGUAUGGCUCUGGGAUGUGUCUACCGGCGAGCACCAGCGGACCCUUGAGGGACAUAGCCGUUCUAAUACGGCGGUAGCGUUCUCGCCGGACGGUACCACACUGGCGUCAGCUUCAUACGAUAACACGGUACGGCUCUGGGAUGUGGCUACCGGCGAGUACCGGCGGACCUUCGAGGGGCAUAGCGAUUGUGUUACAGCGGUAGCGUUCUCGCCAGACGGUGCCACACUAGCGUCAUGUUCAGACGAUAACACGGUACGGCUCUGGGAUGUGGCUACCGGCGAGCACCGGCGGACCCUCAUGGAGCAUGGCAUUUUUAAACGUCUAUCAUCGCGGAUUGCUGAAGAUAACCCCGAGUUCAGCAAAUAA